AAGUGUGUUUGUUAUGCAGCAGGAGAAGCUGCUCUGCUAAGGAAGCUUCAGCGUAAACAUGGUUAAAUAACUAACUAACUACCUAAGGCCGGGAAUCGAACCCUCGACCAGCCGGUCACCACCCGGUACCAGCCCGGUAACCAGGUCGACCCGCCGCGGCAGCUCGACGGUGAGGCGAAGUCAGUGAGAUCCGGAGGACAGCGGAGACCUCGGACAGAUCUGGACGUCGGCCAUGCCUCAGACAGGAAGUCCCGUUAACCGCGCCCAGGAAGUGGAGAUGACACCUGUCUCAGGUCAGGGGGGGCUGGGCAAGGAAUCCGUUGCCAUGGAGACAGGAGAGUCCAGCGAGGACGAACUGGGACGGCUGGACAUCGAUCUGGACCGGAAGUCCAGACGGCACAACCUGACGUCCAGCAACGUCCGCGCCAUCCUGCACGAGGUGAUCACCCACGAGCACGUCGUGGCCAUGAUGAAGGCCACCAUCAGGGACACGCAGGACCUGCCCAUGUUUGAGCCGAAGAUGACCCGGUCCAGACUGAAGAAGGCUCAGGAGGGACAACUGAACCCCGUCUCCCCCCAGCCUCCUCAGUUUGUGGACAUCGAUCUGGAUGAUGAUGAAGACUCGUCAGAUGAAGAGUAUUGUCCCGAGGAGGAGGAUGAGGAGGAGGAGGACACCGCUGAGGAGACUUUCUCCAGUGAUGUGGAGAGCUUGUCUUCACCUCCCAGAAUGCACCUGGGUUCUCAGGUGCUUCCAGUGGACCAACAGACUGAAGAACCCCUGCAGGCUGUUCCAGAGCACCAGAGUAAACGCAUGAAGAUACCCAGCGUUCCUCCACCGCACCACCUCGUUGCCCCACCUGAGUUCUCCUUCCUGGAGAGACUGAAUGCCGUGCAGGAGGAGCUGGACUGCAGCCCUGCGUUCACCUACGACCAGUCUCUAGACAGGAAGGAAGAGGACGGUGGCUCCAGCUGUCUGGCCUACCGGACCCGCUCCAGGCUUCCUCUGGUCAACGUCCCUCUGGACCAGCUGGAAGCGGAGCUUCUGGCCCCUGACAUCACCGCUGACAUGUACGACCAGAGCCACGCCCACCGAGAGGAGGACCGUCAUUGGACGAAGUGGCUGCAGGGUCUCAUGGUCCCCGACUGUGAAGAUGAAGCCGAUGACGACGACGACCCUGAAUAUAACUUCCUGGAGGAUCUGGAUGAGCCGGACCUGGAGGACUACAGGACGGACCGGGCGGUGCAGAUCACCAAGAAGGAGGUGAACGAGCUUCUGGAAGAACUCUUCGACACGCUCCAGGAUGUGGCAGCUGAGGAUGAGGAGCGGGAGGAAGAGGAGCCCCCUUCACUACCUGCACCCAAGUUUAAUGUUCCACAGGUUUUACGUUUCGAGGCCCCGUUAGCCAGCAUGCUAACGGAGCGGCGGCAGACGGUCAGGAAACAGUACGAAGCUCUGCAGCAGCGCAGAGCCCUGCAGGACACCAUCCACCCGCCUCGCAGCGAUGCUCCGUACCAGCAACCCAACCCCCCCAUCCUGCUGCUGCCCAGCCAGACGCCCCCCACCCUGCACCUGGACCACGCCCCCCUCCACCUGGACCACAACCAGAAGCUGCAGCUCCAGCAGCAGCUGCAGCAGCACGUGCAGCUGCUGACUCAAGUUCACCUGCUGACUCAGCGCAUCCUGGCGCUGAACCACGAGGCGGCCAUUACUAAACAGUACCUGGAGGAGCUGCAGCAAUUCAGCCGGCGUCAGGAGGAGGUACGUCUGUGGAGCAGCUUCUCAGUGUGUAACCUGGGGGGGGCGCUGGCCCUGCUGGGGGAGGUGGAGCAGGUGGAGCCCCCCCCAGGGGCUAACCCUAACCCCCCACACCCCCCUCCGGCUGAAGCUCCCAGGAGGCUCCUGCCUCAGAUGGCUGCGUCCACCAGCAGCCACGCCUUCCCGCUGCUGUCCCCCGAUGCCGCCUGGCUAAUGGCCACCAGGCCCGUCUUCCUGUACCCAGAACUACUUCCUGUCUGCAGCCUGGACCCCGCCCUGCACAACCGGGGGGGGGGGAGGAGUGUGUUCACGGCCGGGGAGGACGGGCUCAUCGUUCUGGGUCUGAAGCAUUUUGAGGGGACGGUCCACCCGGAUCAGCUGAUCAGUUCCUACCUGCUCUGUAAGAGUCGAUGGAACAUCAGGAAGCACAUCAGAGAGAUGAGCAGCGCCAAGGCUCCCAGCGACAACAUCAUCAAGGUCUUCCUGACACGGGGACUGGUCCCCCAGCUCCCAGCCUCCUGCAGUGUUCAGUCUGGAGACCAGCGCCCCCCGGUGGACAAGAACACAUCCAACAUGCCCAACUGGCUGAAGAACAGUCGGCUGAUCAUCCAGAAGACCCGACUCCCCACUAACCGGUUCCCCCCCUCCCUCCCCGCCGGCUGCCUCCUCAGACUCCACCCCUAUUACGUCAGCAAGUCCCGCCCCCCUCGCCGGGCCCACCGGCGCCUGUUCACCCUGGCCCACAAUGCAUUUCUGCUCCCCAUCGCCAAAGCUCCGGUGGAGGUUCAGUCGGACAGGAAGGUGAGCUGCAGCCGCUCGGCUACCUGGCCGCCCCCCCCCCCUCCGGGGGCCCAGUUGCCCCCUGACCACCUUGCUGUUGGCCAGCCCCCCCCCCACCCUCUUGUCCUGCCCCCUCCGUCCACCCCCAACCCUCGGGUCCUGCCCCCCCCGUCCACCCCCAACCCUCCAGGCUCGGCGGCUGCAGAGAAACCAGACUGCUUCUUGCUCCAGAUGGUGUGGACUUCACCAGCUCCCACCAACACCUCCCACAAUGCACCAGGGCAGGAGCUGCAAGGGCCAAUCACACGGGAGAAGCAGGGGGAGACCCUGGUGAAGCUCCACCCCCCACCUGAGGAGGAGGAGAAGAAGAUGGAGGAGGAAGGUCCCACCUCCACCUCCACACUGAGUCCUCUGUCCUCCUGUGGAGAACCAGAAGAGGAGGAAGAGAGGACUCUGCUGGGGAACCCAGAGGAAGCAGAGAGGAAAGAAGGUAAAGGUGAACCUGAAGGACACGGAGACGAGGAAGCAGGAGGAAAAGAUGGUGAGGAUGCUGGGGAGGGAGAGGAAGACAGAGACUGGGAGGACGGAGGUGGAGACGGGGAGGAGGACAGAGAACAGGAGGACGGAGGUGGAGACAGAGAAGAAGACAGAGAGCAAGAGGAUGGUGGGGGAGAUGGGGAGGAGGAAGACAGAGAUGGGGAGGAUGGAGAGAAGGAAAAAGAGGAAGAUCAGGAUCGUCAGGGUGAGGAGGAAGAAGAGGAAGAGGAGGAGGACUUUGAUGACCUCACACAGGAUGAGGAUGAGGAGGAGGUGAUGUCAUCAGCGUCGGAGGAGUCUGUGCUCUCAGUUCCAGAGUUACAGGAGACCAUGAAGCAGCUGACAUGGCUGGCGGCGGAGCAGCGACUCUGUCCCGAUGGCGACUCGGAGGAGGACCACUCCCCCACCUCUCCUGGCUCGCAGGAGGAGGAGGAAGAGGAGGAGGAGGGUCCAAAAGAGGAGGAAUCAGAGGAGGGGCGGGGCAUCAAGAUGGAUGAGGAGAUCCCAUCAGGAGAGGGCACACCCCGAGGAGGAGGAGGCAGGUGUCCUGGACGAGGACGAGGUCGUAGCCGUCCUCAUCGAGGUUUGAGGAGUCGUCGUCAGGAACGUCACAGUAAAGAUGCAGCCAAGCUGCUGCUGCUGUACGAUGAGAACAUUUUGGACAACGACCCUCACAGGGACAGCAAGGACAUGGCCUUCGCCCAGAGCUACCUGAACAGGGUACGUGAGGCGCUACAUGAUACACCUGACCAGGUUGAGGAGUUUGUGUCUCUACUGAACAAGUUUGACCACGCUGGAGAGAAGGUGGAGGUGACUUUGCUGUUCAGGAAGCUGCGCUGCCUCCUGGGAAACCGGACGGACCUCCUCCGAGACUUUGCUGCAUUCCUUCAUCCUGACCAGGCUCUGCAGUGUGGACUGUUUGAGGAACAGCAGGCGUUUGAACGCAGCCGCCGUUUUUUGCGACAAUUGGAGAUCAGUUUUGGCGACAAUCCAUCUCAUUACCAGAAGAUCAUCAAGGCUCUGCAGACGGGGACAGAUCUGAGUGACACCAGCAUCCAGGAGCUCAAAACUCAAAUGGCCACCCUGUUAAAAGGCCACAUCCACCUACAAGCUGAAUUCUGGGUAUUUUUCGACGAUCUCCGCCCACCUCCGGCCUACCCCGGGCAGUUUGAGGAAGCCCAUUGGCCGGAGGAUGAAGAGGGCAUCGGCCAGGUGCCCGGAGGUUUGGCCCUGGGCGGGUUCGAGGAGGUGACGCUGCCAGAGCUGGAGGAGGAGGAGGAAGGGCAGAAAAUCCAGCCAAUAACCAGCCGCCGCCAGAGGAGGAAGAUGGAUCCCCACAGAAACUACAAGGACUGUGAUUGGUCAGAAAAAGAGUGGUCCUGCCUCUGUCAAGACGUGAAGAUCCGCAGACACAAGAGGAAAGGAUGCUCUCGCUGCCAUGGCAACCAGACCUCCAGGGCCAUGAAGAGCCUCGACCCGCUGUUCCCUCAUAUCAGAACCGCUCAGGACCAACAUGGAGACAAGAACCCGGACCUGAAGGGGAGCAGCGGCAGCAGUCCUCAGCCAGAUCAGAGUGUUGCAUCAUGGGAAAGCUUGUUUCCUCUGGAUGGGAAGGAGGAAGAGGAGGAGGAGGAUGAACUGGAUGAUGAAGAUGGUGAUGAAGAGGACGACGGGAAGAACAGCGAGAGAGAGAAAAGUCCAGCGGUGAAAAGGAGAAGGAUGGAGAUGUCCGGCUCCCCGCUCUCCCCCUCCUCCUCCAACCCCCCCGAUACCUCCUGUCCUCCUCCUCCACCACCUCCUCCUGUUUCCUCUUCUCCUCCCUCCUCCUCCUCCUCCUCCCUCACUCCUCUCCUUCCUUCGGUUCCUCCCCCAGUUCCCUCCUCUUCUCCUCCACCCCAUCCUGUAUCCUCUUCUCCUCCUCCUCCCAUCUCUUCUCCUCCUUCCUCUCCUCCUCUUCCUGUCUCCUCCUCUCCUCCUUCUUCUCCUCCUCCCGUCUCCUCUUCUCCUCCCUCCUCUCCUCCUUCUUCUCCUCCUCCCGUCUCCUCCUCUUCCUCCCCCCCGCACCCCCCUCGCUCUGCCCCCCCCCUAGAUCUCCCUGUUUGUGCCAAGAACAUUUCUCUGACGGCGAGUGGAGAGAGAGUCAUCCUCUGGACCAGAGAAGCUGAUCGCGUUAUCUUGACGACGUGUCAGCAGGAAGGAGCCAAUCAGAACACUUUCCAAUCGAUCUCCAACCUGCUAGGGAACAAGACUCCGGCCGAGGUUUCUCGCAGAUUUCGGGAUCUGAUGCGAUUAUUCCGUACAGCAGCUCGUCACGGCAGCUCUGAGGAGGAAGGUCCGGCCGCCGAGCCGGGAGACGCCGAUGAGGCGGCAGCUUCACCCGAGCAGCAGAGCUGAAGGACGACGACCCGAACCCCAACAUGUGACGUCUGGAGGACUUUUACUGUGUACAGCAUCGCUGUUAUAUAUUCCAGACUUGUUUUAUAUUUCCAUUUGUUUGACUUUCAUGAAAAUAGCUUUAAACAUCAGUCAUAAGAUUAUUUAAGGUUUUUGUAAAAUAAAAAAGAGGUCCAUAUUUUUUAACAAUAAACUGUUUUUCAACAGUCUGCUGUCUCUAACCAGAUAAGAUAAGAUAAUCCUUUAUUUCUCCCUCAAUAUGGAAACUCACUUGUUUAGCAGCAGUACACUUAACAUACAAAUGCAGGGAAGGGUAAAAAAGUAAAAAGUAAAAAAAAUAUAUAUAAUUACAAGAUAUGAACAGUAUAUACAGUACAUUAAAAGAAAUAAAGAAACAGUGUAAAAACGGUUGUAGAGUCUGAUGGCAGCGGGGAGGAAGGACCUGCGAUGCCUCUCAGUGGUGCAUCACUGGUGACGAAGCCGGUCACUGAUGGAGCUCUCCAGGGUUCUGACAUUCUCAUGAAUGGGGCGGAGCAAGGGUCCCAGCCCAGGGGGGGCGAAGCAUUCUAGAUGGGCCCUUGUGGCCUAAACAUCCCAGUAAAACAUAAUCACUAAAAAAAAUGCCACAGAUCAGGUCUCUGACACACAACCACAGCAGCAGCAGCACGGUCAGAAUAAUUCAAAUGAGGUUCUAGCACCAGGGAUUUACCAGUCAUUAUGUGAAACCUGAUUAUAAGCCUAAUGCAGACUUUAGGAUAUA